GGGUUCUCACCCAACUUCCAUUAAGCACUUGGGGCAGGAGGGUCAGAAGUUGUGCGCUGCGGGCGGGCAGGAGCGGGACACCGAGGCUGGUGUGCGGGCACCGGGCAUCGCGUGGCAGCGGAGAUCGGACUGAGAGCGAGGCGCGCGGCAUGGAGGUUCGGGUAGCCGGCGCCUGCCUGGCGCUACUGUGGGGCUGCGCGCUGGUGGUGGCCGCGGCGGCGCAGGGAAAGGAAGUUGUUUUGCUUGACUUUGCUGCAAUGAAAGGGGAACUCGGCUGGCUUACACACCCCUAUGGCAAAGGCUGGGAUUUAAUGCAGAACAUUAUGAACGACAUGCCCAUCUACAUGUACUCGGUGUGCAACGUGGUGUCCGGCGACCAGGACAACUGGCUCCGCACCAACUGGGUGUACCGAGAGGAAGCUGAGCGUAUCUUCAUCGAGCUGAAGUUCACAGUGAGAGACUGCAACAGCUUCCCAGGCGGUGCUAGCUCCUGUAAAGAAACCUUCAACCUCUACUACGCUGAGUCGGAUGUGGACUAUGGUACCAACUUCCAGAAGCGCCAGUUCACCAAGAUUGACACCAUUGCCCCUGACGAGAUCACAGUCAGCAGCGAUUUCGAGGCUCGCAAUGUCAAGUUGAACGUGGAGGUUCGCACCGUGGGGCCGCUCACCCGCAAGGGCUUCUACCUGGCAUUCCAGGACAUUGGUGCCUGUGUGGCGCUGCUCUCUGUCCGUGUCUUCUACAAGAAGUGUCCCGAGCUGCUGCAGGGCCUGGCCCACUUCCCCGAGACCAUCGCCGGCUCUGAGGCACCCUCUCUGGCCACUGUGGCUGGCACCUGCGUGGAUCAUGCUGUGGUGCCAUAUGGGGGUGAGGAGCCUCGUAUGCACUGUACAGUGGAUGGCGAGUGGCUGGUACGAAUUGGGCAGUGCCUCUGCCAGGCAGGCUACGAGAAGGUGGAAGAAACCUGCAAGGCCUGUUCUCCAGGAUUCUUCAAGUCCGAGGCAUCAGACAGCUCCUGCCUAGAGUGCCCAGAGCACACAUUGCCAUCACCCGAGGGCGCCUCCUCCUGCGAGUGUGAGGAAGGCUACUUCCGGGCACCAGGAGACCCACUGUCCAUGUCCUGCACACGCCCACCUUCUGCUCCGAGCUACCUCACGGCUGUGGGCAUGGGUGCCAAAGUGGAGUUGCGUUGGACAGCCCCCCAGGACACCGGGGGCCGCCAGGACAUUGUCUAUAGUGUCACCUGUGAACAGUGCUGGCCAGAGUCUGGCGAGUGUGGGCCCUGUGAGGCCAGUGUGCGGUACUCGGAGCCUCCUCACUCCCUGACCCGAACCAGCGUGACAGUCAGUGAUCUAGAGCCUCACAUGAACUAUACCUUCGCUGUGGAGGCCCGAAAUGGCGUGUCAAGCCUGGUGACCAGUCGAAGCUUCCGCACUGCUAGCGUCAGUAUUAACCAAACAGAGCCCCCAAAAGUGAGGCUGGAGGGCCGCAGCACUACCUCACUAAGCGUCACCUGGAGCAUCCCAGUUCCACAGCAGAGCCGAGUGUGGAAGUACGAAGUGACCUACCGCAAGAAGGGGGAUGCCAACAGCUACAACGUGCGCCGCACUGAGGGCUUCUCCGUGACCCUAGAUGACCUGACUCCUGAUACCACCUACCUGGUACAGGUGCAGGCACUGACACAGGAGGGCCAGGGUGCUGGCAGUAAGGUGCACGAGUUCCAGACACUGUCCGUGGAAGGGUCUGCCAACAUGGCCGUUAUCGGUGGUGUGGCUAUCGGCGUUGUCUUGCUUCUACUUCUGGCAGGAGUCGGCUUCUUCAUCCACCGAAGGAGGAGGAACCUGCGAGCCCGCCAGUCCUCUGAGGAUGUCUACUUCUCCAAGUCAGAACAACUGAAGCCUCUGAAGACCUAUGUGGACCCCCACACCUAUGAAGACCCCAACCAGGCUGUGCUCAAGUUCACCACCGAGAUCCACCCAUCCUGUGUCACAAGACAGAAGGUGAUUGGAGCAGGAGAGUUUGGAGAGGUGUACAAGGGGACGCUGAAGGCGUCUUCAGGGAAAAAGGAGGUGCCCGUGGCCAUCAAGACACUGAAAGCUGGCUACACAGAGAAGCAGCGUGUGGACUUUCUGAGCGAGGCCAGCAUCAUGGGCCAGUUCAGUCACCACAAUAUUAUCCGCUUAGAGGGUGUUGUCUCUAAAUACAAACCCAUGAUGAUCAUCACAGAGUACAUGGAGAAUGGAGCCCUGGACAAGUUCCUUAGGGAGAAGGACGGUGGUGAGUUCAGUGUGCUGCAGCUGGUGGGCAUGCUUCGGGGCAUUGCAUCUGGCAUGAAGUACCUAGCCAACAUGAACUACGUGCACCGUGACCUGGCGGCCCGCAACAUCCUUGUCAAUAGCAACCUGGUGUGCAAGGUGUCCGACUUUGGCCUGUCCCGAGUGUUGGAGGAUGACCCUGAGGCCACCUACACCACCAGUGGUGGCAAGAUCCCCAUCCGCUGGACAGCACCAGAGGCCAUUUCCUACCGCAAGUUCACCUCUGCUAGUGAUGUGUGGAGCUAUGGCAUCGUCAUGUGGGAGGUGAUGACUUAUGGAGAGCGGCCCUACUGGGAACUAUCAAACCAUGAGGUCAUGAAAGCCAUCAACGAAGGCUUCCGGCUCCCCACACCCAUGGACUGCCCCUCUGCCAUCUACCAGCUCAUGAUGCAGUGCUGGCAGCAGGAACGGGCUCGCCGCCCCAAGUUUGCCGACAUUGUCAGCAUCCUUGACAAGCUCAUCCGAGCCCCUGACUCCCUCAAGACCCUUGCUGACUUUGACCCUCGAGUGUCCAUCCGGCUACCCAGCACCAGCGGCUCAGAGGGAGUGCCAUUCCGCACAGUGUCGGAGUGGCUGGAGAGCAUCAAGAUGCAGCAGUACACAGAGCACUUCAUGGCGGCUGGCUACACAGCUAUUGAGAAGGUGGUGCAGAUGACCAAUGAUGACAUCAAGAGGAUUGGGGUGCGGCUUCCUGGACACCAGAAGCGCAUUGCCUACAGCCUGCUGGGACUCAAGGACCAGGUGAACACAGUGGGGAUCCCCAUCUGAGCCCCCAACGGGGCCUCGUGCCCGCCUCGGCCAACAAUACUUGAAGAAACAUAGUGGUCUUACUGCCGACUCUGUGCCAGGCCACUGGACCUUAUUUAUUUCCAGUUCUCCCUCAUCAGUGCCACCCUGAGCUAGGGAAUCGCUCUGAUGCUGGACCAGGGAUCAAGCCAAGCACUUAGCAAGUACUGAAUUCCCAGCAUCCCCUGGGACUGGAGUGAGUGCCAUCAAGACUAUUGAAGUUCCCUCGGGACAUAUCUGAACUGACCUCUUGGUCACAUUUUCCCCCAAGAAGUCACUUUGGGAGCUGGGGUUCUGAGGGGAAGCAUUCAGCCCAGGACAACAUAUGGCUAAGGCACCCUAAGCCCCAUCCUUUAGUGUCAAAGGACAGAUUAUGAACUUGGCUGGGCGGGGGCCAUGGUGAUCUUCCAGUGCCUUCUGCAGACCCUGGGCCCUGCCCGUAGCCCCCAUGGGCCAGUCUCUGCUUUCCUGGGGCCCUUUCAGGAUGCUUGGUUGUGUUGAGGUUUUUUAAAUAUAUAUUUUAUACUUGUGGGAAGAAUGAGUGUAUGACAGACUGUGCCAGGGCUGGGGGCAGAUGAUGCCAUGCAGCAGACAUUCCGAGCUGGGGGCUGGCCAGGCUUGCAGGAGGAAGUGUCACUGCCCAGCCAUCCCUUCCCUAGCCCCUUUAGACCACUGUCACUGCGAAUGCUGUCAGUGUUACUGAUUUGUUCUGUUGGGUAUUUUUUUUUCAAACCUUAAUUUAUUAUUUUUUUAUAUUUAUUGUUAGAAAACGACUUAUUUCUGCUCUGGAAUAAAGUUGCAGAUGGUUCAAACUGA